AUGAAGGUCUCCUCCACUACCAUCGUCGCCGUUCUCGCCUCCCUGGCCCUCGCCAACCCCGUCGAGCUCGAAGCCCGCGCUGACCACGCCAAGGUCACCACCUUCAGCGACAACCUCUGCAAGAACGGCCCGCGGGUCUUUGAGAUCACGGGAUCCGGCUCCAAGCGCUGCAACCCCGUCAAGAACGCCCGUUCCAUCAAGGUCCAAGAUAAGCGUGGCUGCACCAUCAAGACUUGGAGCGGCUCCAACUGCAAGGGACAGUCUUUCAAGAUCCCGGACGGCGAUCUCGACUGUCACUCUGUCCUGCACGCGUCGGUCCAGAUUCUUUGCUGA